UAAUGUAAAAUGAUCUAGCUGGUUGGCCAAUAUAUGUCUGCAUCUAUUAUCUGCAUGCAUUUUACUCAAAAGUGUUUAAGGUUUUAGACGUCAGUAUGGAGAUUCUGCUGCUGCUUGCUUUUGUUUUGGUUUUUGCUUUCUUCUUUGAAUGGCUGUUGAGGCAAUUGAAAAUUGACGACUAUGAAUUGCGCUAUGUACUUAUUACCGGAUGCGAUACAGGUUUCGGACAUGAAUUAGCAAGAAAGCUUGACAAAUUAAACUUUAAUGUGUUUGCUUGUUGUUUGACAAAAACUGCUGUUGAAAACUUCAAUGCGACGAGUUCCAAGAAAUUGAAAGGUGUUGAAAUGGACGUCUCAAAGGAUGCUAGUAUUGAAAAGGCAAUGGAAAUAGUAAAGAGGGCAUUACCAGAUGGAAAAGGACUUUGGGCAGUUGUAAACAAUGCUGGUAUUUUGGGCGGAAUUGGAUCCAUUAAACUGCAUACAAGACAGGACUACGAAAACACAUUUGCUGUAAAUCUGUACGGCUGUAUAAUGGUAACAAAAGCAUGCAUGCCAUUAGUUUUGAAAGAAAGGGGGCGUUUUGUUAAUACAUCAAGUAUUGUUGGAAGAAUUGCAUUCUUAAGCUCGUCAUACGCCAUUUCCAAAUAUGGCAUAGAGGCCUUUUCUGAUGUACUUAGACGAGAUCUUUAUAGCACAGGGGUAAAAGUACAGAUUAUCGAGCCUGGAUUUUUCAUUACGCCAAUCUGGGGAUCUAGUAAGCAGUUGGCUGAAAACAAAGCAAAGGGUUUGGGUUUACCAGCCGAAGUCAGAUCGCAACUUCCUGAUGAUGCCUUAGCCCAACUCACAAGAGCAGGUGAUAUGCUCGCUAAAUUUGCGUCAACAAAGGUUCAUCUUGUUGUAGAUGCCUAUUUACAUGCCAUCACAUCUAAAUUCCCUAAAAAGAGAUACCUGGUUGGAAAUGAUGCAAAGUACAUACACCGGGUGAUGUGGAAUCUUCCGGAAUGCAUGAGCGAUUUCAUUAUAUACUGGCAAGGGGCUAACACGAUUUAGAAUCUUAGUACAUCUGGAACUAUAUAAACGAACUCACAUGAUUUUCAUAUUGUCUUUUCUCUAUGAUUCUGUAAAAUGUAAUCAGCAUAUAUUUUCUUAUAAACAAUAUUCAAAAAUAUGUAAAAAUGUUUACUUUAACAUACAUAAUGUUGUAACGCACUGAUCUGGUGACAGACAGUCGUAUGUGGAUUUUUAUUCGUUUUAGACCAUGGAAGCAACCGCCUUUCACCUCAGAAAUGAAAACAAUGCAUUUUUCCGUGUAGGACUAACCUUUCUAAUAGUUGUUGUGUGAUAUUCAGGUAGAUGCAUAGAUAUACUGGCAGAAAGAUGUUAGCAAAAUCUCGCUACCUUCAUAAUUUUAUUCAUCAAAGACUCGAAAACAAUUUCUCCCAUCUCUUAAUUAUUCAAGAUCCUUUUUAGUCACACAAUUUUUCUCGAAUAACCUUAUCACUGGCACGUACGGACACAUAAUAUUUAUGGAACUUUACUCGCAGCAACCAUUUACUGUUUUUCCAUUAUAAUAUGAACAGCAGUCUGUAAACGCGAUUUUAAGAAAAAGAAAAGAAUAGUUUUUUUAUUAAUAUACAUCAACCAGAGCUUUAUUCAACACAUAAUCAACUAACACAAAUAGCUAGCUAAGAGUAACCUUACUUCUUUUAGACCUUAGUCAUUCCCAUGCGACGUUAUUGACGUCACUAUCACUCCAGCUGUAAAACUUGUUGUUUUCUUCUAUAUCACGGUGGGGAAACCACGUGACUAAAUCGGAUAACGUGCACGCAAAAGUGCUAAAAAUAGGCCCGCUUCAGGUAUGUUUUCUCAUUAUAACUUUUUUGAUCCGCAAUUGUUUUAAACGAGGUAGCGUGCAUAAACCCCGCAAUAAAAAGCUCUUUCAGCGGAUAUAUGUAACUUGAUGAAACUCCCUCCCGUUUUUACGUAAGCCUUGCCCAACCGAUUCGAAAGAUAUAAAAUAUUUUGGUAACGAACACGUCUGUUCACAAGUUACACACCUAGCACAGAUUCUGCAGAGAAUUUUCGCUGAAAUGUAGGGUUUAAAAUUAAGGUUUUCAUUGUCCAAAGUCCUGUAUCAAAUAUUUAACAUGACUAUUCAGGAAUAUUGAAGAUAUUGUAGGACAAAGGGUGCGGUAACGUACACGUUGCGUUUUUUCAGGAGGUGACGGACACGUCAUUUUUCCCCAGAGGGUAAUGUACACGUCAAACACUAUUUAUCAUGCAUGUAGAACAUCUUUGUCUUUAAAUGACUGAAUUAUAAACAUUUUGAUAUUGUUAAAAAGAUGCAGAUGCUGAGAAUAGGCUGUUUUUCUUUCGGUAAGUUAGUAUAUACAGAAAUGCUACAGUGAAAAUGAGUAGCAGUUGGAAUUUUAUGGUCUAAACGUGUAUGUUAUUUUGACAAGUAGACAUUGUUAGCAAUUUCCAUUUUAAAUGUCGACUUUUUUUCUCCAAAUAUCAAAAGUCAAUUAUGUUUCUGGGAAUAAACCAUGUAGUUCUGUCUGUCAUCAGGGUUUAAUCAAAUCCAUAUGUUCAAAUCGUCAUGAUGACCCGUUGAACUGUAAACAUUUUUUAUAUUGUAUAUAACGCUAACUCGAACGAUAGCAUGUUUGAUAACCAUGAUUUUUCUUCAUUAAAACGUUACAAUACAGAAAAUAUUUUUGUAUUAUAUGACAGCAUGCACUUAAUUUGUAUCACUGACAACCUUUGUGAGUUCAGUCAUGCAUGGGACAAUAACAAUCAACCAAUAAUAUAAACACGCUGUCGUUUAAAUUAUCGUGCGGGAGUAAUAUGUUAUUCUUUCUGUAGGUUAGUGACAGUUUGUUGGUCAGCUAGUUAUUCAUUUAGAGCUCCUUACUGAAACAACAUAUCAGUAUUGACCUAAAGUUUGCAUAUCUAAGGACUAUAGCCAUUCCAUGAUGGAUUAAAUUAUAAAUGCUGACAUAUUCUGAUAAUAUAAAUCUAUAAAUGCGCCAAUUACAUCCAAAGCUUUAAAAUAACAGCCUCGGUUAAGUUUAGGUUGUUCAUUCACAAAUUCAAACACCUUAUAUAUUUUGAUAAUGAUUUCAUUAUUAUAUAAUUUAUUGUACAGGUAUAAACAUUAACGAGAUUAUAAUUAACUAUUAAACUAAAGUAAUCUAUAUUGGAUUGCGACUUUACAUUUGCCAUUUUAAAGUUAGAAAAUGUCGUAAAACAUGUGAGUUUUUUUUUUAAACAAGUACAGAUGACUUAGAUAGCUUUGUGUCGCCUGCUACAAAGUAGCUGCGACAUAUAGGGAACACUUUUCCGUCGUCUGUCUGUCUGUCCGUCUGGCGACUGACUGGCGUCCGUCACGUUUCUUGUCCGGAGCAUAACUCAAGAAGUAAUAAUGAUGCUAAUUUGUUACUUCACACAAUGAUCGAUCACAGAGAGAGGAUGUGCAGUACCGAAGAACCAUAACUCUAAGUGGUCCCAUUUUUUCAAUUAUCUCCACUUAUCCUUAUAAAAAAGACUUGUCGAGAGCCCAAGUCAAAAACUAUUUGAAGAAUUGACUUGAUACUUUACACAUUGACAGAGGAAGUGCAGUGUGAUGGUCACAUUUUUUAAUAAUCUCCCUUUAUCGUUAUAUAGAAAGCUUGUCUGAAACCCAAGCCAAAAUUAUAUAAAGGAUUGACUUGUAAUGAUACUUUGCACAUAAAUAGAGGUCAGAUGAAAGGAAGUACAGUGUCAAAGAACCAUAACUCUAACUGACCUUAUUUUUGAAUAACCUCCCUUUAUGUAUGAAAAAACUUGUCUGGAGCCAAUGUCAAAACCAUACAAAGGAUUGUCUUGAUACUUGAUACAUUGAUAGAGGUCAGUGAAGCAAAGUGCAAUGUCAAAGAACCAUCACUUCAGCUGACCCCAUUUUUAAUCACCUCUCUUUAUGCAUGAAAAGGAAAAGCAAGAAGCUUGACUGAAGCCCAAGCCAAAAACUAUAUGAAGGAUUGAUUUGAUACUUUGCACAUUAAUACAGGUCAAUGAAAGGAAGUGCAGUGAUAAGGAAUCAUAACUCUUACUGACAUCAUUUUUUAAUUACCUCCCUGUAUAUAUAAGAAACUUGUCUGGACUCCAAGUAAGAACAAUAUAAAGGAUUGACUUGAUACUUAAUAGAGGUCAUUCUUCUUCUCUUAUGUGUACUACUCUAGCAUUCGUCCCAAGCAGACGACACGUGCGAUCUUGCUAUUCAUACUGAAGCGCAAUAAUUUUUGGACAAUAAAUUUACACUGCGGCUAUAAGUUCUAUUACGCUGACUUUUAUUGGACAUGAUAUACAAAAUACAAACAUGUCAAAAAGAAAAGUAACAAAUUUUUUCUGUUGUUGUUUUCAGACAAUGAGUCGUCCAAAAAAGUUUUUCCCAAAACAGGUGUAGGGACACGCUCCACUAUGUCUCUUCUCGUGCGCCUUUAAAUUACUUUUUUCUCCGAAAAGACAUUCCGCACUCCUCGCACAUAUAUUCAUUGUUCAUGCUAUAAAUAGAUAAUAGUUUUACUGCUGUUACUCUCGGUGCAACAAUGAUACCUAUAUACGUAUUUAAUACUUCUUUUUGUUUGUAGGGGCCUCCGUGGCCGAGUGGUUAGAGUCGUUGACUUCAAACCAUUUGCCCCUCAUCGAUGUGGGUUCGAAACCUCAUUUGGGGCGUAGAAUUCUUCACGUGAGGAAGCCAUCCAGCUGGCUUGCGGAAGGUCGGUGGUUCUACCCAGGUGCCCGCUCGUGAUGAAAUAGUGCACGGAGGGGCACCUGGGGUCUUCCUCCACCAUUAAAGCUGGAAAGUCGCCAUGUGACCUAAAAUUGUGUCGGUGCGACGUUAAACCCAACAAAAUAAAUAAAAUAAAAUCUUUUUGUUUGUCUUUGAUUUACGUCCUCUUUCAAAAGUCAGAAUCAUAUGGUGCGGACAACUAACUGGAAAGGCCAAGUACUAGGCUUCCAUCCCCCGUAAGCAACUGUCAACUUUUUCACUCAAAGAUACAUGGUCGGUUGCGCAUAUGAUGGAUUUAGAGCAAAAUAAUUUUAAAAUUUUAUCAUUUGACCUAUUUAUGUAUAGAUAUACAAGAACGUUUAAAGAGCAGUAAACGUGUCAUUAUUUCCAAGUUAGGAUGAGGACUGACGCUACUCAUUUUCACUGUAGCAUUUCUGUAUAUACUAACCUACCGAAAGAAAAACAGCCUAUUCCCAGCA